AUGAAUUUAUUGAGAUAUUUUCAUGCUCAAAAUAUCCAAGUCGAUUCAUGCAGUUGGGAUAAAUGUAAUGGCUGGAGUAGAGAGAAGGAUGUAUUGAAUAUCCAUUUAAUAUGUCAUACGCAUGACGAUCCAGGCUGGAUCAAAACUAUUGACCAGUAUUACUAUGGAUCUCAGAAAGAAAAGACAGCAGUUGGCGUGCGAUAUAUUCUUAGUACUGUAAUGGACGAGUUGGAAAAGGAUAAAAGUAAGCGUUUUUCCUGGUGUGAGACGUCAUUUCUAUGGCGUUGGCUUGUUGAUUCCAAACAAAGGAAGCGAUUGCAGAAACUAGUCCAGCAAGGACAAAUCGAAUUUAUUGGUGGUGGUUGGGUGCAAAACGAUGAAGCCACAGCUUAUUAUGUUGAUAUUAUUGAUCAAAUGACACUCGGUUUAAGAACUUUAAAGAAAUAUUUCGGUAGCUGUGGAGUUUCAUAUGUUGCAUGGCAGAUUGACCCGUUUGGUCACAGUCGAGAAAUGGCUAAUUUGCUGGCACUGAUGGAUUUCGAAGCUCUUUUCUUUUCCCGUCUUCAUUUCUUAGAAAAAGAAAUCCGUGUACGAAAUUCCAGCCUAGAAUUUGUUUGGGAUAGUUCCGAUGAUCUCAAAACGAGCAUCUUAACAGGUGCAUUUUAUGGAGACAGUUAUGGACCACCACAAGGAUUCUGUUUUGAUCGUGAAUGUUUGGAUGAACCAAUCAUGGAUGAUGCUUAUUUGGAAGAAUACAAUGCUGCCCAACGUAUAGAUGAAUUCGUCAAAUACGUUAAAAGACAGGCAUUUCAUCAACGAACCAAUCAUUUAAUGCUCCUUAUGGGAGGCGAUUUUCAAUAUACAGCGGCAAAUCAGUGGUAUAUCAAUCUCGACAAACUCAUCUCACUUAUUCAGCAAAACAAAACUUUGAGUGCAAAAAUUAAUAUCUUUUACUCGACACCUUCCUGUUAUCUGAGGGCACUGAAAGAAUCGCAUCCAAAAUUACCGAAAAAACUAGAUGAUUUUUUUCCUUACGCAUCCGCUGAUCAUAGCUACUGGACUGGUUUCUUCACCAGCAGGCCCACAUUUAAAGCCUUCAUUCGACAAAGUAGUGCACUCUUACAGCUCGUUAAGCAACUUGAAUCAGCUGCAAUGCAAAUGGCAAACACCACCGUACUGAGAAAUGCCGUAGCACUUGCGCAACAUCACGAUGCUGUUACUGGCACAGCACGGGAAAAUGUCACGAGGGAUUACAAACUUCGCCUUUCUCGAGGUUGGGACGAAGCUGAAAUAAAUAAAGCAUUUUACAAUGGCGCACAACUCAAGAAAUCAUUUAGCGCUCCUUAUGAACUGCUUAUUCCUGCAAACGUACCAGCACUUGGUUUCACAACAGCGAUAAAAAUGGUGGAAUAUGGGAGGCAUCGCUCAGUACAAACAGAAAACAAAAAAGAACUUGAAGAAGUCAAAACAACCAUAAUGAGAAAUGAGUACAUUGAGCUGACAUUUGAUGGUAGUGGACAGUUGACAUCACUGAAAAACCGAAAAACUGAGAAAACCAUUGCAUUCAAGCAGGAAUUUCUUGUCUAUAAAGGAAUGGGUUUCUCAAACUAUAAGAAUCAGUCAUCAGGCGCUUACAUUUUCCGACCGAACGGUACACAGGCCGAGAAGAUAUCAAAUGUUACAACAGCGCAAUAUAUUGAGAUACGUUUUACUUUUUUUGUAUCUGGCUUUGUUGGUUCAUUGGUGAAUGAGGCAAGGCAGAUCAUUGCUCCAUGGAUCAGUCAAGUGAUUCGCUUGUAUCGCGGCAAAAAUUUAGUGGAAUUUGAAUGGACUAUUGGACCGAUUCCAAAAGAGAUCAAAAAUCCAAUAACAAAGGAAAUAAUUACACGAUACACAGCAGAAAUAAAUUCGGCUGGAGUAUUUUAUACCGAUUCAAAUGGAAGGCAAAUGAUGACAAGGACCAGAAACCACUAUCCAUCAUUCUCGUACACCAAUACGGAACCAGUAGCGGGAAACUAUUAUCCUGUAAACAGUCGUAUUUAUAUUCGAGAUUCGCUAAAUCAAUUAACCGUACUGACGGACCGCUCUCAUGGUGGUACCAGUCUAAAUGAUGGUCAAAUUGAAUUAAUGCUCCAUCGUAGACUAUUUUAUGAUGACAAUUUCGGUGUCGGUGAAACAUUGGAUGAGUUAGGUGACACUGGACAAGGAUUGGUUGUUCGAGGACGACAUUGGAUCAUAAUGGAAAGUCCGGAAAAUUCGUCAAAACUCCACAGGCCACUUGCCUUUGAACUUUAUAAUUCGCCGUUAAUUACGUUUGCAGAGCGCAAAAUGGCACCGUGGGAUUACGGUCGAGCAUUUAUUGCUGAGUAUUCUGCUCUAAAUCGGCCGCUUCCACUGGCUAUCAAUGUUUUGACCAUGGAAAUGCUAGCUCCAAAACGUAUAAUCAUUCGUUUUGAGCACAUUUUUCAAGGUGAUGACGAUAAAAAUUUAGCGCAACCCAUCGAAUUUAACUUGAAAGGCUUAUUUACCGCAUUCGAUAUUAUCUCGAUGGAGGAACUCAAUCUUGCAACGAUGAAAAAAAGAACUUUUACAAAGUUUGAACGAAAUAAUCGAUUUAGACUGAAUCAGAUUUCUUCAAGAGUCUUCCAGAAAGAGUUGUCAGUAAAUUUACUACCCAUGGAAAUUCUGACACUCGAAGCCGAAAUACGACCUACCGAGCAGUCGCAGUUGCAUCCUCAAUAA